GUCUCAUUAAGAUUCUUUCUUGAACUGUCGAAACAUAAAUUUGUUGUCUUUCUGCACUUUGCAAAGCCACGUUUGAAUUCAAUGCCAAAAUCCCAAGAUUAAGCACACUCACACUAGAAAAGCACAAAUACCCUGAAAAAAAUUAGUUCAAAACACAAUAAAUGUGAGUGAACCCAGUCUAGAUUACUACAAUCUUGAGAGGCUCUCUGCAUGUCAGCAAAUUUAGUUCCAAAAUACAAACCCCACCUGUUUCCCCUCUUAUAUAUAGUCAGCAUUUGCUGUAUCUGAGCUGCAUUUUCUUUCUUGGGGUUCUUGAAAAACAAAGAGGGCAAGUUUAAUCUGAGAGUGAGUGAUAUGGCUGAUGAUUCUUCAGAGAAUGAAAUAGAAGAUGGCCUAAAAGAUUAUGGAAUUAUGCUCAUCAAUCCUCCUUCUUCAACUGAAGAACUACUCAAUCUACUUGAUGUAGAUAGGGAGACGGAUCAGACCCGUAAGUAUUCUAUCAGCAAAUUCUCAGAAGCACUCCACUUACUUCGGAGCUGCAGUCUAUUUGGUAUUGUCCUUAUGAUCAUUUGUAUUCUAUGUAGAGGCUCGUAGACGUGUGUGUACAGUUAGAUGUUUUAUAGCUCCACCGGUUCAUAUUGUUGUAUAGUAUAUUUGUGGCCUUGUCGGCCUUAUUUUGAGCUCUUGAUACUUUACUGUUAGCCUUGCCUGCUUUAUGAUAUAUGUUAUGUUGUGGCGACCUUGUCGGUCCGCAUAUGAACAUAUGUGCUGAAUGAUCAGAUAUUUCUAUGUUGGGCCUUUUCUGUGUGCAGGUGUUCUUUGAGUUAUGGUUUAUAAUGUUCAAAGUGACAGAUAAGUCAUGUGGUUCCCGGCCUACGGGUCUGUUAUGCUGAUGAAGGACUAUUUUCACUGUAUAUGUUAUGCUGCACGCAUAUCUCAAUUUAUAUUUGUUAUCUUUAUGUGCAGAUGGAAAUUGAUCGUAAAUGGAUGUAUAAUAGGACUUAUCCUAAUUGUGCAUGGUUGAGGGAGGAAUUUAAGGAAGGGGUAGCUGGAUUUAUUGCUAAGGCGAUGACACUUGAUGAUUUUCUUAUUGAAGGGACAAUUAGGUGCCCUUGUGAGAAAUGCGAGUGUGCCAACUAUGUUUUCACAGUGGUUUAGGGAAUAUGUUCAUAAUCCAGUUAAUUAUGACGUAAAUGGCUGAUUUUUGCGUGAUAUAGCUUGGGGACCUGAUGCGAAAGCCAGAAAGUUGUCUAAGUAUUCUGUCAAUGGGUACAUGUUUCAUACGGAAGAGUGGUCUAAGGGCAAGAAAACCAAUAACAGUGGGGUGUGGGUGAAAGGUGAUGGUGAUGUUGACUAUUAUGCUGUGCUUCAAGAGAUUUUAGAACUUGAGUAUCCUGUUGGUUGGCCAAAGAAAAAGUUGGUACUCUUUCAGUGUAAAUGGUUCAUUCCCUCAUAUGCCGGGAAUAUGGUUACAUCAUCAUUUAAACCAUUUUUCCGUGAUGCUUGGGGUACAUACAAGGCCAUUCCGUACGAUGUCAGAAUGCUAAUAUGGGAUCAGUUUAAGACAAAGUGUACAUGGCAGCCUCGUUAUGAAAAUGAAAUCUAUACCAUUUUCGAAAAGAAGGUAACUUUGCGGAUUAAAGAACACCUAUAUAAUGCCAGAGAUCUCAAUAAGAAGCCUGAAUGGUUGCGGGGUGAUGUGUGGGCUAAAUAUUUGGUGUAUUGGGACACUCCUGAAUUUAAGAAGAAGAGUGAAAAAGCAAAGAAAGCCCGAUCCUCUCAAAAGGGUGGCUCGUUGCACACCGGAGGUUCCAUGAGUUUCAUGGGCCACCGACGAAGACUGCGAAAGUUAAAUGGGGGAGAGACUGUGCCUCUUUUUGAGGUUUUCGAGGAGACACAUAAGAAGAAGAAGGGGGACGGUACAAGAGAAGGAUGGGUCGAGCCACAUGCUAAGGAGACAUAUGAAGGCUUUCAAAAAGGUUUGGAAGAUUGGCGUCAGACCCAGCCUGCUUUAGAGGAUGGUACCUCAGUCCGACCAUCGCCCACGGAUAUGACUUCAAUAUGGACACAUGUGGCAGGUGGUCCAAGCAAAGGUAGAGUCUACGGGCUUGGAGUUCUGCGUUCCUCGUCUAGGCGUUCGCCGUUCUUGUCCAAUGCUCCUACUUCGCAAAAUAUGGAAGAAAUGGAAGUGAUGCACAGGGAAAUUGCAGAGCUGAAGAAAAAGUGUGAAACUUCUGAUGCUAAGCUUGCUAAAAUUGAGAAGUUUAUGAUGAAGCACAUGCCGCAAAUGUCUGAUGACGACGAAGAGACCGAAUCUGAUGACAAUUAGAUUGUAGUUGCUGGUUAUUGUUUUUAAUUGUGAUGUUUAGACUUUUAGACUUGAAUUCUCUUGGUUGUUGGUUUGGGAUGUUUAAGUUAUUUCGAAUUGAUGUUUGUUUGGGAUGUUUCAAAUGUUUGAAUGUUUAGACUAUUUCUUCAUGUUUGAUUGGUUGCUUCAACUGUUA